UAUCUUUCAUAUUUUGUCUUUUGCAGUUGCAGCUUAAAAAAUAUUUGCAUUGUCAAGAAUGGCUUUCUCCAGGACUUUCCUUCUUCUUGGCCUCGCUUUUGCAGUUGUCCUUCUUAUCUCGUCUGAGGUGUCUGCUCGUGAGCUUGCUGAGACCACCCAGGAAACCAACACGGAGCAGUCCAAUUAUGCUGACCAUGGAAUCGGACACGGACACGAACAUGGCCACGGUCACGGCCACCACCACAAACACCACCAUGGUGGCCAUAAACACCAUGGAGGGCACCCUGCCGAUGAAACACAGGCGCUGGAAUCUGAAGAUUCUAUUAUUUUAUUUUAUCACAAUCAAACAAAAUUAGUGGACCCUUCUCUUUCAGAGAAAUUAAGUUCUAUAAAUAGAGGGCAUUUCUUGCACUCUCUUGAGCACAUUAGAAAAAAGCUUAAAAAACAUAAUACAUUAACAAGAAUGGCUUUCUCCAAGACUUUCCUCCUUCUUACCCUCGCUUUUGCUGUUCUCCUCGUCUCCUCUGAGGUCAUCUCUGCUCGUGAAAGCGCCCUAGCCUAUGGAACCAGCGAGGUGGACCAUGGAUUCGGGAAGGGACAUGGUGGACAUGGUAGACAUGGUGGACAUGGAGGACAUGGCGGACAUGGAGGACAUGGAGGACAUGGCGGACAUGGAGGACAUGGCGGACAUGGACAUGGCGGACGUGGCGGACAUGGAGGAUACCCUGCCGAUGAAACUAAAGGCGGAGGGAACUAGAGAAAUUUUAGUUUCUUAAUUACAAGCUCAAAUAGUGUUGCUAAGCUUUCAGAGUGUGUGUGAAUAAAUAAGUGUGGUGGAGGAUGUGGGUGGAAUGUUUUAUAUUAAGGAAGCAUGCAUGGUAGUAUUUGUACGUUCUAUCGACUCCGUAUUAUAAUUAUUAUAUGUCUUUGAAACUUCUUUUAUGAAAAGAGAAUGUGUACUACGUA